CGAGCUCCUUUUUAGCGGGCGUCUCGCAAGAGCCGCGCGUGAUGUCAUGUGAGGGGUCGCCCGGCAGGGCUGAGCCGGGCCAAUGGGGAGCGGCCAGUGUUCUGUGCAACCGUUCUCACGCCCCACCCUCCGGCCGUGCUGGAGGAAAGUUUCGCCUUGCCGGGGCAGAAGAGCGAACAUGGCCUCGCAGAGGUGGCUUUGGUGCUUGUAUGCGGCUGCGGCUGUGGCGCUGCUGCUCGUUUUCAAGGUUCCGUCGGCCUCUGCCCAAAGAAAGAAGGAGAUGGUGUUAUCUGAGAAGGUCAGUCAGCUGAUGGAAUGGACCAAUAAAAGACCUGUAAUAAGAAUGAAUGGAGACAAGUUCCGUCGCCUUGUUAAAGCUCCACCAAGAAAUUACUCUGUUAUUGUCAUGUUCACUGCUCUCCAAGUUCACAGACAGUGUGUCGUUUGCAAGCAAGCUGAUGAAGAAUUCCAGAUUCUGGCAAACUCCUGGCGAUACUCCAGUGCAUUUACCAACAGGAUAUUUUUUGCCAUGGUGGAUUUUGAUGAAGGUUCUGAUGUAUUUCAGAUGCUAAACAUGAAUUCAGCUCCAACCUUCAUCAACUUUCCUCCAAAAGGAAAACCCAAAAGAGGUGAUACAUAUGAGUUGCAAGUGCGGGGGUUUUCAGCUGAGCAGAUUGCCCGGUGGAUCGCAGAUAGAACUGAUGUCAAUAUUAGAAUAAUUAGACCUCCAAAUUAUGCUGGACCCCUGAUGUUGGGGUUACUUCUGGCUGUUAUUGGUGGACUUGUGUAUCUGCGAAGAAGCAAUAUGGAAUUCCUCUUUAACAAAACUGGAUGGGCCCUUGCAGCUUUGUGUUUUGUGCUUGCUAUGACAUCUGGUCAAAUGUGGAACCAUAUAAGAGGGCCACCUUAUGCUCAUAAGAAUCCUCACACAGGACAUGUGAAUUAUAUCCAUGGAAGCAGCCAAGCCCAGUUUGUAGCUGAAACACACAUUGUUCUUCUGUUCAAUGGUGGAGUUACCUUAGGGAUGGUGCUUUUAUGUGAAGCUGCUACCUCUGACAUGGAUAUUGGGAAGCGAAGGAUGAUGUGUGUGGCUGGCAUUGGACUUGUUGUAUUAUUCUUCAGUUGGAUGCUAUCUAUCUUCAGAUCUAAAUAUCAUGGCUAUCCAUACAGCUUUCUGAUGAGUUAAGAAGGAUUCCAGAGACGUGUGGACACUGGUAAUAGAAACUAAAAAACAAGAAAUGUGUGUAUUUGAAGAAGAAUGCAACCAUGUAUUUGAUAUUACCUCUUUUCUUCAAGUGAUUUAAAUAGUUAAUCAUUUAACCAAAGAUGUUUAGUGCCUUAACAAGCAAUUUCUUGUCAAGAUCAUGAAGUAUUUGUCAAUUGUUCCACUCUUAACCACCUUCCCUUCCUGAUGAACUUAGGAAACAUUUGAUUUUGUAGAAUUAAGUACAUCAUAAAAAUUUUAAAACUACUACUUUGUUUUACUUAGAGAAAAACUCAACUACUUUUGUUAACUUUUAGUCAUAUGAUUUUUAUGUUACCCAGUGGUGGAGAAUGAAGGUUCUGCCCAGGUAUUCCCACCUUUGCCUGUUAUAGAUAACUGCAUCUGGAAGCCAUUGUUGCUUUUCCACCUUUGUUCAGAUGUUUUUACAAAUCUACGAAUCUUUUCUUUUGGGUAAGAAAUCAUGUGCUGUGUAGCCUUCUGAAAAACGAAACAAUCUUCAGAGUGCACCUGUAGCCUUAGAAAGACUAGUCAGCCUCCUUCCUGCUCUUUCCUCCUGAAAUGCAGAGCUACUUACGCCUCUUAUAAACAUUAAGUACCUCUAAAUACAGGAUUAUAAUUUCCGCAUGAGUGUGCCAUAGCUAUGUUGGAUGUGGAAAGAGUUCAGAUUCAUUCUGUCACUAGUUUUAUUUAAAGUGGCUUUUCUCUAAUAAUAAUAUAGUUUAUUGCUAAAACUCAGUGUAACUUAUAAAUGGUCUCACAUGUUUGUGAACAUUAGUUAGACAUUGUCAUUUAUUUCAUUUUUACCCGACAGAAAAAUAAUCUCAAUUGUGUUUAGGGAAACGACUUCCUUAGAAUGGGAAAAGAAAAUCAUGAAAUACUGAUUUGUUGCCUAUGUAUAGAAAUGAAAUGUUUUCAAGUCGAAGAUGUAGCUCAAUGGUAGAGUGCUUGAUUGCCUAGCAUGAGCAGUGCUCUGGGUUCAAUCCCCAA